AUGAUGCAACGUACUCCAAACCGUGGCCUCAUACGGAGUACGAAUUGGACAUUUGAAAAUAUCAGUUCUUUCGCUCGUGAUAAAUUGAAAUGGAAGGUGAUGGAUGUAAUGGGUUUGAUAUUUGCUUCAAGUCAUCUUCACACGACAAACCGCAACGCAAGCAAUCAUCAAGCGUCAUCCCGAAGGACUACUUUUGAUCAGGCUCCAUUUACAAAAAGUGAACUUGGACACGGCAUUGUCAACUCCACUUGCCUCCGCUUCAUCGCUGAACCUUCGUUGAGGAUCACGUCAACAGGCUUCCCGCCAUCCCACACUGAUAAACUCUUCCAAUUGGCGGUGCCUCCGGCGCUUUCGGCGGUCCCAAGUGAUGAUCGCCGAAACCGCCAACAAUGA